AUGGUACCAGAUCAUAGUUUCUUAAGCGAAUUGAGUUCAUGUUCAGUUUCUAAAGUGCCAGAGGGCUUCUACGACAGAGUUGAGGAAGGAAGUAUCAAACUCAUCAAGAAGAGAAUUUUGGAUUCUCUAAAGAAGGAAUUCUUAACCGGCUCAGAUGAAUAUUCUGCACUUCUCCUCUAUAGGGAAUGCAUUCAUCCCCGAAUACCACAACUGGCAAUAAUUGGAUUCUCAGAAAGCGUAUCAAAUCUAUACACCUCGGAAAUAAAGUGCCGUUGGCUGGGAGAGCUUCUUGACGAAACAUUUAAGGUACCUAACAUUAAGAUAAUGGAGAAAGACAUAGCAGAAUGGGAUAAAUACAAGAAGAGAUAUUCAUAUUUGAACAACUACAGAGACAUGGGAUGGAAUCCUAAAAGGAAAAAGGGUAUUUUAGCUGAGUGGUUCCAUCCUUAUGGACCAAUGGAUUACGCCGGCUAA